AAAUCAGUUGAUCAUGUCCAUUUCAUCUUAGACAAAAUCCAAGACAUUUAUGAUGGAUUUUUCAAAUAUUUACUGUAACGUAUCAUCCAACCACAAAUCACAACCUGAAAUGAAAUGUUAAAGCUUUAUUUUGCACAGUAUUAACCAUUUUCCGAGCUUAAUAAUAACAAUAAGCACUGCCAUAGCACAUUCUACUGUGACAGAUAAAGCUGCACCAUCAACACUAUUAAUUCCAUUUAGUUUUAUUGAACUUCACUUCAUUUUUAAUUAAGCCAAACCGCCAGUACAUGAAAUUAACACUGAAGACCCCCGUGCUUACAUUAACGAUUUGCCAGUUCAGUAAUCUUUGCUUGACAGACUGCACGAACAGAACUUAAUCUGAAUGGAGCAGAUUUGAUUUUUAUUUUGGACUGCACAGUGGAUCAUGGUUAGCACUGUUGCCUUGCGGCUAAAAAAUCCCCCGGUACACAUUAUCUUUCUGCACGGAUGUUGCAUGUUCUCCCUCUGCGUGCAUGGGUUUUCUUCAGGUACUUUAGUUUCCUCCCACAGUCCAAAGACAUGCUGAGGUUAAUUGGUCUGAAUGUGAGCGUGCUUGCUUGCUUCUAUGUGUGUUCCUGGCGCCUUUCAUCACCAUGGUUUCCACACAUGCAAUUAAUCACCGGUUCUUCAGACUCUGCCACCACUGCUGCAUCCCAAGUAUGUAUCUGAGAAAAAUGACCUAUUUGGAUGUGAAUGGAAAAUGAGGCGAUUCAGUCAGUGAUAGAAACAACUACACAGACAGACAGUGGCCAACAGAGUGCGCCAUACACCCGUGAAUUCUUGCCUUCCCUGGCCUCUGUUUGGACGCCUCUGUCAAAAAGGUUUCUAGGAAUUUUUCAACAAAUAGUGACAUAUGUGUUGUCUGCUAAAUGUCGAGUCAUGUCCAUUUCAAAAUUUCCUCAGAAGACGAUGAAGAUUCAUAAGACACUGAGGUCAGAUUUUUGUCUGUCUGUCUGUGGAAUGUGGAAUGAGCAGAUUUGUCCUCUUGACUGGAGGAAAUAAACAGCAUGUUAGAAAGCAAAACUGAUAAAGCAAAGAUGUAUUAUAUAUAUCAACAGCAUGGAUACAUGAAUAUAUUUAUUGAUUCGAUCUAGAAAGUAUGAAAGUUAAGUAGCUGAGAAAGUAUUUAAAGCAAAUGUAACUGAUGAUGAGGGCAAAAUGCUUGCUGUGGUUGUGUGUCAACAGGGUGGAUUUGUUGAUGACAGCUUAAAGAGGGAAACACUACAGGCGCCACAGAACAUGAUAAGCAAUUUGGUCAAAUAACAUUUGUAGGAAAUAACAAAUCUGACAUGCAAAAUUCAUAAGUGACAAAAGCAUGACGCAGCACAUUUUUCAGCGUAUACUGUGUUGACCUGCCAUGAUACAGUGAGACACACUUGCUUAUAUUGAGUUGUUUGCUUGAAAAUAAUGCUAAUCUGGUGCCCUCUACAAGCGUUUAGUUCUCGAGGCAGCUUUGAAGACUGUACAUAGAUUACACUUUUCGCUCUACACUGUAAAGAGGUGUAAAUUGUUCACAGACCACACACAGGUAUCUUGUGUAGUAUCAACAAUGACUGACGUUACCUUCUGCUGUCGGGAUUGAGACUGUGAGCACAGAAGCCAAGUUUCAGCUCAGCCGGACAAUUAGCAGCGCAGCUACUAGCGAGAAACUGCCAAGGUGUAGAGCAGUCUGUAUGUGUAUUUAAUGAACCAACGCUGCCAAACAUCAUGACUGUCCAUAUGAUGAAAGGACUGUGCAGUGAUGGCAGCACCAAAGCACACCCACCGAUCCACCAGCCACUCCUGCAGUACUUGAGAAGGAAAUUGGGGCUGAUUUUAUGACAUGAGUGAUGGAUAUUUCUCACACAGGCAUGAAUGAGACUAUCUGUGUCACAUGGAAAAUGUCACUGAAGAUGGGCCUGUAAAAGCCAAUAAAGGCAUUCCUCAACAAGGGUCAAGGCGGUCAGCAGUAUGCUAUGUCCCACCUGGGUGUCAGCGGCAAGCCUGCCAUCCUCCAGCUGCAACCUGCUCCUCACCCUCCAUGUUUCCAGUGAUACCAAGCAGGGCAACAGCUUCAGCUAAGUGGAAAUGGAGGAGCAGAGAUUAAAGGAUGAGGGAGCAGCAGGGGAACCGAUGGAAGUGAAGUUGGAUGUUGACGCUGAAGAGCUGGAUUGCAGCCGUAGUGACACAAGGCCGCUGAUUCAGGACAGGGAUCCCAAAAGAAUCAACAGCAGUCUUAAGGUCAUGUUUGAAGAUGUGAUUGCAGAGCCUCCCUCAGUGCGUAGCUUUGAUAAAGUGUGGCUAUGGAGUCACGCCCUGUUUGAGGUGUCCAGACUGUGGUGCUACCGCCUCAUCUCCCUCCUGCUGGCAGUGCCGGUCUCACUGGCAGCAGGGAUCCUCUUUGCUGUGCUCAGCUGCCUCCACAUCUGGCUGAUCGUGCCCUGUGUACAGCUCCUUCUCAUCAACAUGCACUGGGUCCAGAGUGUGUGGGCCAACGCGCUGAACAUUCUAAUCAGUCCCCUCUUCACCAGCAUGGGAAAGUGUUGUGGUCAAAUCAACAUCCUUCUGGCAAAAGAUGUAAACAGAUAGGAAGAUAAACUCUGUGUAAACAUUUGACGAAAACAGAGAAGCAAGUGGUAAUGGAAUGCAUACUAAUACCUCAUAGGAAAAUUAUGAUCUGUAUAACUGUCUGUGUAUUUCUCCUCACCUGUAGAGUUGAUUGCUUUGUAAUGACGCUGAUGUAUAAUGCAUAAAGCUACUAAAUACAUAGACCAGGACCUAAUAAAUGUGACACAACAAGCAUAUCCUGUGGAGAUUUUAGGUGAGUAGUAAUUAAAAAAAAUGCUCAGUGCACAAAUGCAAAACACAAAAUUGGUGAAAGCAAAUUUGCAUGGAAGAAGAUGGUUACAUUUCAGAAUUGUCAACCCAGAAAUUUUGUAUCUGAUGGCACAAAGAAAUGAACAGGCCUUAAGAGGGCUGGUGGAGUCACUGUACAGUCCUCUGGAUGGAUUGUUGAUGUUUUUGAAAAAUGCUAAAUUAGUGCUAUAAUGAUUUUGCUAUGUAAAAAGUAGCAUUGCAAAUAUAUCGAAUAAAGAACCUUCAACAAG